AGUCUUCCUUAUUGUGAGUCUACAAAUUCGUCUUUCCUCUCCUCCCCCUUCUACUCCGUCUUUCCUCCCUCUUCUUCUCGGUUUCUUACUUGUUCCGAGUUUGUGCGUGUGAUUCCGUUUUGACCCAUGGCGGCGGCGGUACAUGAGCCGGAGGUGAUCCGCGACAAGGCGGAGAUGCGCGCGUGGUCACGCCACCGUCGCGCGGAGGGAAAGACCGUCGCGUUAGUCCCCACCAUGGGCUUCCUCCACGAGGGCCACCUCUCGCUCAUCUCCGCGGCGGUGGCGGCCUCCACCGGACCCGUCGCCGUCGUCGUCUCCAUCUACGUCAACCCCAGCCAGUUCGCUCCCACCGAGGACCUCGCCACUUACCCCUCCGACUUCGCCGGCGACCUCCGCAAGCUGGCCGCCACCGGGGUCGUCGCCGCAGUCUUCUGUCCCCCGGACCUCUACGUCCGUGGCCCCUCCGCCGCUGGCGCGUCCGGUGGUGCGGUGUCGUGCCUGGAGGACGCCGGAGGGCAUGCGCACGAGACGUGGAUUCGGGUGGAGCAGCUGGAGAAGGGGCUGUGCGGGAGCAGCAGGCCCGUCUUCUUCCGCGGCGUGGCCACCGUGGUCGCCAAGCUGUUCAAUGUCGUCGAGCCGGACGUCGCUGUGUUCGGGAAAAAAGAUUAUCAACAGUGGCGCGUCAUCUGUCGGAUGGUUCGUGAUCUCGAUUUUGCCAUACAGAUAGUUGGUUCGGAAAUAGUGCGUGAAGCUGAUGGUCUUGCCAUGAGCUCUCGCAAUGUAAAUCUGUCAGACGAGGAUAGGGAGAAGGCGUUAUCAAUUAGUAGAUCACUGAUGGAUGCUAGAACCGCUGCCCUCAAUGGAAGCAAUCAUAGCCAGCAAAUAAAAGACCAAAUAGUGCAGACACUUACUGAAGCUGGUGGUCAGGUUGACUAUGUUGAGAUUGUGGAGCAAGAAAGCUUGGUGCCUGUGGAGAGGAUGGACCGUCCUUGUGUAAUUUGUGUCGCGGCAUGGUUCGGGAAGGUCAGGCUAAUUGACAAUAUCGAGAUCCAGUCGACGUCCUCUGAUAGAUAACUUUGUUGUUUGUCUAUCUGCUGAGCCUUGAUGAAUGGAGAUGUAGACACGGCUUCUUGUUGUGUAACGAGUAUACCAACACGCAUUCUUGUCUCAGAUACCUUAUUAGUCCUGAAUGGCUAGAGUUGUCUGAAUAACAAAUAAUAAAGGCUAUGUUUGUGCACUGCUUGCUCUUGUACGACGCUGUGAUGCAUAUAUGCUCAUCUUGACUUUUACAACAGAAGGCUAGUGUAUAUUAGCCGGUGAACAUUUUGGUCUAUAAAUAAUAUCUCUCCUCA